UAAUCUUCACAGCAGUCCUCCCAGGGCCGCCUGGUGCUGGGCACGACACCCUUGCAUCCACUUGAGGGAGACAGGAGGGCAGAAGAGAACAUGCAGGGAACGCAGCAGGGGACAGCUGAGAGCUGAGAGAACAGCCAGGCAGGGCCGCCUCUCGAGGGGAGGAGAAAGGGGCUGGGCCACCCACAAGCAGCCCAGGCCUACAGCUAGAGAGGCCAGGCCAGGCCUACAGUGGCGACGAAGGACAGAGACUGCAGUUGACUACGGGUAGCUGCAACUAUGGGAAGCAAAACCACAAAUAAGGGGAAACUCCUCACUCUCUCCUCACUCUCUCCUCAAACGCCAGGCCAAUCCAGGCGAGGAUGGACCGCCCAGUGCACCGAGUGUCGAUGGGGGAUCCCUGGAGCAGGCAAGUGCACCCCGACAUAGCGAGCGAGAGGUACACACAGUCCUUUGAUGUGGAACGACUCACCAACAUCCUGGACGGAGGCGCCCAGAACACUACUCUCCGGAGGAAAGUUGAGAGCAUCAUCCACGGCGACCCAGUGUUUAACCUGAAGGAUAAUUAUUUCAUGAGCCAGAAUGAGCGCUAUGAGGCCAGCAUUCAGAAGAAAUUCCACAUCCAGAAACUAGCAGAGCGCCUGGGCUGGUUGGAAGACAGUCGUGAAUUACAUUACGCUUCCAGAACCCUUUCUGGAGACCUGGCCUUAGGGUUACACCACAUCUUCGUGAAAGCGCUCAGGAGCCUGGGCUCGGACGAGCAGAUUGCCAAAUGGGCCCCGCUCUGCAACAAGUUCCAGAUCAUCGCAACGUAUGCCCAGACAGAACUGGGACAUGGGACGUAUCUUCAGGGCCUGGAGACUGAAGCCACCUACGAUGCAGAUACCCAGGAGUUUGUGCUGCACAGCCCCUCGAUAACUGCCAUCAAAUGGUGGCCGGGUGACUUGGGACGGUCGGCCACCCACGCUCUGGUCCAGGCCCAGCUGAUGUGCUCCGGAGCCCGGCGGGGGAUGCACGCCUUCAUCGUGCCCAUCCGGAGCCUCCAGGACCACACCCCCCUGCCAGGAAUCACCGUUGGAGACAUUGGGCCCAAGAUGGACUUUGAGCAAACGGACAACGGCUUCCUGCGGCUGGACCAUGUGCGGGUCCCCAGGGAGAAUAUGCUGAGUCGCUUUGCACAGGUCUUGCCAGAUGGCACCUACAUCAAGCUUGGGACACCACAGAGCAACUACCUUUCCAUGGUGGUGACGCGGGUGGAGCUGCUUCUGGGCGAGAUCACACCGCUGCUGCAGAAGGCCUGUGUCAUCGCCAUUCGCUACUCAGUCAUACGCCGCCAGUCCCAGCUCCGGCCCAGUGGCCCAGAGGCAAAAGUCCUGGACUACCAGACACAGCAGCAGAAACUCUUUCCUCAGCUGGCCACGGCCUAUGCAUUCCAUUUCCUGGCGAACAACCUCUUGGAAUUCUUCCAUCGCUCCUACAGUGCCAUCCUGAACAGAGAUUUCAGCCUCCUGCCUGAGCUACACGCACUGAGCUCAGGUGCAAAGGCCAUGGUAGCAGACUUCUGCACCCAGGGGGCUGAGCUGUGUCGCAGAGCCUGCGGCGGGCACGGCUACUCAAAGCUGAGCGGCCUGCCAUCACUGGUCACCAGAGUGACGGCCUCCUGCACCUACGAGGGUGAGAACACUGUGCUGUACCUGCAGACGGCCAGGUUUUUGAUAAAGAGCUACCUGCAGGCCCAGGCAUCCCCAGGCUCCACACUGCAGAAGUCUUUCCCUCAGUCUGUUGCGUACCUGACCGCACCUGACCUGGCCAGAUGCCCAGCACACAGGGCAGCGGACUUCCUUCACCCAGAACUCUACACCAGGGCCUGGGCACACGUGGCAGUCAGGCUCAUACAGGACUCAGUGCAUCAUUUACAGACCCUGCAGCAGUCUGGGGCUGAGCAGCACGAGGCAUGGAACCAGACCACCGUCAUACACCUCCAGGCAGCUAAGGCACACUGCUACUAUGUCACUGUGAAGAGUUUCACAGAAGCUCUGGAGAAACUAGCAAACGAACCAGCAAUUCAGCAGGCACUCAAACGUCUCUGUGAUCUCUACGCUUUGCAUGGCAUCCUGUCUAACGCGGGCGACUUUCUCCAUGAUGGCUUCCUGUCUGGGGCCCAAGUGGACAUGGUGAGAACAGCCUACCUAGACCUGCUCCGCCUCAUCCGGAAGGAUGCCAUCUCAUUAACUGACGCUUUCGACUUCACGGAUCAGUGUUUAAAUUCAGCACUUGGCUGUUACGAUGGAAAUGUCUACGAACGUCUGUUCCAUUGGGCUCAGAAGUCACCAACCAAUACCCAGGGGAACCCUGCCUACGAGAAAUAUAUAAGACCACUAUUACAAAGCUGGAGACCCAAGCUCUGAAAUAAUCAACAGCGUUCAAGAAGCAUUACUAUGUGAUAAUGCUAGUAUGGCAUAUACAUCAUUAUAAUUUUAAAGUACACAUGUAUGUAGUUUUGAAAGAAUUAUUAUCUUUUAGAGAUAUGGUCUGAAGUGAAUGAAAUACUGUGAUUUACUUUCAAAUAAUCCAUGGGAGGAAAAGAAGCGAAUGAAUAGUUGUUGAUGUUGGUGAACGGGUACAUGGGUGUUGACAAUCUAUGAGUAUGUUUGAAAUUUCCCACAAUAAAACACCGUUGCACUAUC